AUGGAGAAGAGUAUGAGGAAUGGGUGGUUUCUUUGUGUGGGAAAAGAAGUCAAGGGGCACAGUGGCCCCUGACGGCAGUGGGUGGUAAUGGGUGUCUUAAUAGUCAGAUAUGGAUACUGAGUACAGGGUUUUGGUGAUGCUGAAGCCAAAGUACUACUGAAGUUGCAUCCUUGCCAUGAGUGAUGAUACAGAGGGUAGAACAAUGAGGAAACUAUUAAGAUGUCAAAUGUGGCUGAGAAAUUAUUUCUGGUUGGAACUUUUUCUGAAAAAGAUCUUUAUCUUUCUUGGAGAAACCUGAAAAAUGCUUCCUAAAUGAGACCUUUUUUUUGACUUCCCUUGCUGAAACUCUCCAAAAUUUAGGCCACUAUCAUGUUUGUUGGAUGAUUUCUGGUAUUCUUUCCGUGUAGGAGACAUGUGGGAGACUUGAUUGCUCUCUGCAGCUAGAAGGUUUGGAUAUAUGUAUCUCUUUUAUGUAGAAUCGGUAAGCUGCAGUAAGUUUGGGGGAUAUGCAGACGAACUCUCUUUCUGAGAGUAUUAUUACACAGCAUUUAGUGCUGUACGAUCUUGAGGAUGUACCCUUGCUAAAUUAUGAUGCGAACUUUGUUUUUUUCAUAGGAGAUAAUCCUUCUUUAUUUCCUUUUUUAUUUUUUUUCUGGGGAGGGGGAGGGGGGGGAUAUCCCUUCGAAAGGCUUUGCUUCUUUCUUUUUAUCAAUUUAUUGUGGUUUUACAAGUACAGACAUGAAAGUCAGUGCCAAGUGUCUCAGCAGCAGAGGAUGUUUCUCUGGAGACAUUUCCUGCUCCUCCUGUAUGGUUCUUUGGUGCAGUUAUUUCACCCCAACUGUCUCAUCUGUGUACAUUUCAAAGCUAUUCCCACCGGUUAUUUGAUAUCUGGUCUCCCUGGAGCUACAUCUUUUACAUGCUCCAAGACAGUUAAAAAAAAAUGAGCUCUUUUAAGCCUAGUUUCACCAAGCAUGAGAAAUCGAGUGCCUGAAUGUUCAGAGACCGAUGCCUUUUCGUGUAUCAAAGUGACGGUGAAUAUCAUUGUGAACUAUUAAUCGUCUUAAGGAAGCUUUGGUUUCUCUCCACAUUUUUCUCAGACACCAUUUUAAAAUCUUGGGUGAAAAGCAGAUGAUCACUGUCUCACUUGUAGUUCUCACAGUGCUAACUGAUAAUCAUAGUCAUAUGCGCCAAAAUAGGAGUUCUGGCCAUUAGACUGGUAAGUGUUACACGUUCCUACCAGUCUAAUGACCAAAAUUGAUUCGAAUUAUAUUAAUUUUAUUUUUAUAGAUUUCUGGCAUACAAAACUAGUGGAGAUGUGUUCGUGCCUGUUGAUUCCUACUGCCCUGGUCACAUACGAGUUCAUACCCAUUCUUUAAUGGAAGAAGCCCCAAGAGGCUUAACUGUGGUGGCCCUCCCUCUUGUUCUGACAUCCAGUUUGGCCGACCAAUAUUUCUGUGGAAAAUCUAGAGUGUGGCCUUGCAAUCCUCAGAGAAUCAACUUUACCAGUGAUGGGUCGAUCCAUUUGAGAUGCUGUGGACGGAUCCUCUUGAAUAAUGCAUGGGAGUGUUACGAAGUAGUAGUCAGUAAACCAGAUCGAUUCAGCUUCCGUGUCAACAGUCUGGAGUGUAUAGAUUCAUCUACCAUAUUUGGUUAUGCACAAGCAUGGCCAUAUUUCUUGGAGAGUCGGUGGGGAGUUGAAAAAGCAUGCAUCUUUUUCCACGACUAAAGUUUCGGUGUCUUCUGCAAUCUGGUUUUGCAAUCUUAAGAGAACCUGUCAUCUGCAAUCUUGCACAAGGCUGUAAUUAUUGUUUAUGCUCAUCAAAUCCUUGGUUUUGUUGUGUAUUUCUUCUACUAUAAGUGGCUUAACUCUCUAUCUUCUUACCUCUUUUGGAAUUGCGGCGGUAAUCUUAAACCUUUCAUGUAUUUUUGCCGGUGCCAGACUAAUGGCAAAAGAAACGAUGAUCAUGACGAAGAUAAUGUUGUGAGACAGGUUGCAUUCGAUUAAGUUUCCAUCAGUUUUCUUAGGAAUGUUCCAUCCAAUAAGUAAGUGAUGAUGUUUUUUAUGCGUCAGAUACGGAUGCACACCAGGCCGCUGGUGCCAAAGGCUCCCUAUCGAAGGAACCCCAACUGGAAGCUCAAGAUCCACAGAUCAAGGACGAGUGCCCGCCGAAUUCGAACUCUCCUGAUUCGCAGACAGAUCCCAGCACCAGGGACAUCUUGGAGGUGGUAUUUAGCUCUGAGAGCAGCAGCACCACCGGAGCUCCCGAUGAUGUCGAACGAGCAGGUGGGUUCGGAGCGAGAGAUGACAUUGGGAGCUUCCUCCCAGUUGCCAUGGAUUCCACAGACUUCGAGGCCUCUCUUCGGGAUGCCAGGGAGUUUGAAGGACCCCAGCAUGACGUCUCCCACCCGGGGCUCGGAUGGACAGAACCCAGAAAACCAGAAUCCGGAGCGUUGACAUCCCCGCUGCCCGAUGUCUUCGUCUAG